UCCCGUAAAUCUCUCCAGGAUUUCGCAUGUUUUUUUUGAUAUUUGCAGAUAAAUAUGCUAGAUUUUGCAGUGACAAUUAUGACAUUUUGCAUAGCAAUAUGCAAUUGUUUUGUCCAUUUGUUGCAAAAAUGCGCUGACAAGGGAAAAAACUGUGUUGACGUGUGUCUUGAUUAAACCAUAUUAUGCAGUAAAUGUGCGGUGAUUGGUUGAAAUUGCAAGCCCUCUUUUCGUACUGUGGUAAUGGGUCAGUUCUUUGAGAUAAUAUUCUGAUGAUGUGACUAUUUUAUGCAGAAAUAGUUUGGCGAUUGGUCAAAUUUGUAAGCCCUCACAUAAUAUGCAGGGAAUUGUUGAUUUUGCAACCCAAACAAUGCGAUCGCAGAGUCCUGGAGUAACCUCCCAGUAAUCCCUGCGACUGCGUGUAGGUUAAGAUUGGGUUGUAACAGAGUAUCAGAGCGAGACGUUCCUAUCUGUCAGCUAAUAAUUGUUCUGUAUGGUGACAUGAGCAGAGUGGCCUGACUUCUCCCACUUAUUACAGAUGUCCGACUUAGGUAUGUUGAGCAUCCUGCUAUGAUGUCCAUCACCAAGCCGGAACACUCCGAUGCCAACCCUCAGUUCCAGACUGGCACCCGGCCGGUGGCUGAGCCCGAGACCCCUGCUGUUCACAAUAACAGUGGAGGCUGGCUCAGCUGGUUCUUUGGGAGUGGAAGAGCUAAUAAGAAGGAGGUUCAUCUACCUGAGGACAAAGACAGAUCUAUUGUCUGGGAUCCAACUCUGCACAGAUGGGUUAACAAAACUGAGCCCAAGGCUGAGAACAAGUGUGUACAACCACCUCCACCGAUGGGGACAUAUGGAUAUCAGGGGAACACUGGCAAUGUCCCCAAAGGAGUGAAUCCCUACUCUACGAAAGCAGCAGGUCUAUGGGGCAGCAGAUACCCUACAAUGCAUUUCAAUGAUGGGACCAACUCAAAGCCUCCAAGCCAUGGGCCUGGACUGCUUACUAGACAGCUCUCUGGCUUGCUCCCUCCUUCACACUUUGACCUCAUGGCACCAAUGGUUGUGCCACCUGACACUCUACCCUACUGAGGUAUGACUCUGGAAAAUCCUUCCAAAUUGUAUCCAUUCAUCAUUAACUGAGAUUUUACUUGAACAUAGCAAUUGGCUGAGGUAGCAAGAAUGUUAACUAUUUGUUGUUUUGUCCAACAGGCCAAUUGCCCAG